AAUCCUUUCUUCCUCCUUGCGAAAAGUUGGCUGGGCGCUCAGUUGGCUUAGUUCCGCGGGCCCAGACAGUUCGAUUCCUAGUCAACCCAGCACAGCCCAGUUAGGCCCUGAUUAACUUUCCCUCCCGAAAAGCGUUUGUUGCGUUAGUACUUCCGCAUUCCGCGAAUUUGUGUCAAUUGCCACCAGGCAGAACACGUUAGCGGAGGAGCCGCAGUCCUCGAGCCCCAGGAUUCCGUGAUAACUUGAUGAGUAUUCAAUUGGAGCUCAAUCAGUUAACAACAGUGUCUAGUGCGCGGUCUUAAUUCGGACGGAAAAUAAAACGAUACAAAAGGAAGUGCCUGAAAACUCAACUCAAGGUAUAAAGUGGUAUAUCAGCCACAUAUUGCCAGUGAGAAAUGCAGGCGUAUCGCGAUAACUUCAAGCAAACGCCCUGCCCAUCGGCCGUCGACCUUCAGGCGGCGCCACCACCCCACCCACCGGCGACCGCCUCGCGCCUCCCCUUCUCGCGCAGCCAGCGUGGGCGUGACCCCUCGGCCAGUGCCGCCUCCGUUUGCGCCUCUGCCGCCGGCGCCCUCACGCCCAGGAUGAUGAGUCCGGGUCCGCCGGGCGGAGGAGGAGGCGGUGGGAGCGGGGGUGAUCCCUCGGCCCUGCUGCGCCAGAAUCAGGAGCUGCGCCAGCGGCUGGCGGACGAGUCGCAUAGCUAUCGACGCCGCCUGGACACCUACAAGCAGGCGCAGCACAACCAGGCCAACUUGGUCAGCCGGCUGCAGUCGAAGAUCCAGCAGUACCGUCAGCGGUGCAGUGAUCUGGAGGAUCGCAUGCACGAGACCAUCAAGCCCACGGCGGGGACAGGACCCAAGUUGACCACGGGUCCCACCACCAGUCAAGUGCUGUGCUCCACUUCCCUGACCCUGGGCCAGAGCAGUUUGCCCUGCAGUUCCUCUCUGGACUCGCCACCGCCCAGCUGCAGCCGGGACUAUGUCCACGACGAUGUCCUGGUCACCGGCGGCGGAACAGCGGAUCUGUGUCGCAAGCUGGAGGAGGAGCACCAGCGCUGCGAGCAGAUCCUGGCCCAGAACAGUGCUCUGCGCCAGCAACUGGAGGAGUCGAAUCGCACCAACGAGGCUCUGACCAACGACCUGCAGAAGCUGACCAACGACUGGGCGGGCCUACGAGAUGAGCUGCUGAUCAAGGAGGAUGAGUUCAAGGAGGAGGAGCAGGCCUUCAAGGACUACUACAACAGCGAGCACAAUCGCCUGCUGAAGAUGUGGCGAGAAGUGGUGGCCGUCAAGAGAUCCUUCAAGGAAAUGCAGACGGCCAUGAAGGCGGAGGUGGCCAAGAUGGGUCAGGAGAUCAGCUGCGUGGGCAAGGACAUCAGUGGCUCCAAUGCGACGGUGGCCUUUGCCCAUCAGCAGGCCAAACGGGCGGCAGAUGAGGAACUGAAGCAAUCGCAGCGUAGCAACGAUGAACUGCAGAACCAAUUGGCUACAUUGAAAGUCCAAUACGAGAGCGCCCGCCACGAGAUCAUGGAGCGGGAUCAGCGGCUCCUCGAGCUGAUGAAUCAGUUGAAGAAGCUGGAGGAUCGCUGUGCCCAGGCGGAAUCGCAGGCGGCCCUGGCCAGUCGCUAUAGCGAUGAGAUCGAGCGUCUGAACAAUUCCAUGCGCGAAAUUGCCCAGGCCGUCGUUCAAGAUGCAGAGAAUGCGGAUCGCGAGGCAGACGCCGAGGUCACCGGUGGGGUCAUGCAGCACAUGCACCUGACGCGUGACGCCGCCUCCGUGGCAGGUGGACCGGGAAGCACCAGCGGCGGUGGUGGUGGAGGUAAAUCCCCACGUCGGAACUCUACACGCGCAUCUCAGGCCUUCGCCGAGGGCACCAUCUCAGCCGUCCAGGCGGCGCUCCACAAAUACCAACUGGCCCUCCACGACAUGCAGGUUAAGUUCCAGCACUCCAGCGAAACACUGCGCACCACCAAGUCGCAGUUGGAAACCAGCGAGGGCACCAAGCAGCUCCUGACCACCAAGAUGCAGCAGCUCACCGAGAAACUGGACAGCAGCAACUCCAAGCUAUCCGAACUGCUCCAGGAGCGAGAGAGUCUGCAGCGGGGACUGGACGAAGUCCGCACCCAGAAACAGCAGUCCGAAAUGGGACGAGCCGAUAUCAAUAGUGCGUUUGAAAACCUGAGCGGUGACUAUGAGAAGCUUCAGCUGAGCUAUGGAAAACUGCAGAAGCGCAUCGAUUCCAUGGAGGAGGACAAGAAGGCCGUGGAGCUGGAAAUCCAGCGUAUUCUUAAGGACAAGAACAUCACCGAGUUGAACCUAAGAUCCGAGGAGGAUCGCAGCAGUCGGUUGAGGGAGGAGACCAUUUCGCUCCGCGAGGAACUCAACCGGGUGAGCCUGAACCGGGAUCUUUUGGAACAGCAGCGCAUCGAGUCGGACAACCUGAUCAACCUGCUCGAGAAGCAGAAGUCCGACUUGGAAUACGAUCUGGACAAACUGCUACUGGAAAAGUGCGAUCUGCAGGAGAAGCACGAGAAGCUUUCCAACAAUAGCUGCUCUACUACCGAUGAACUGAAGAGCGUCCAGAGCUGCCUGCAGGAAACACAGGAGGAGCGCAAGAAGCUGCGACUCCAGUCCGUCGAUCAAUCCAACGAGAUUGGAGAGCUCAAGAAGGAGCUGGCUGUACUGGACAAGGCACGACUCGAACUGGAGACGGACAACCUGUCCGCUGGCGAGAAGCUCAAGUGCCUGCAGUUGGAGAAGGAGAAGAUCCUUCAGGAUCUGGCCUGCGUCACCCGGGAUCGUGGUGACAUCCACAAUCAGCUCACAGCCAUGUGCCGUAAAAAGGAGGCUUUGAACGAGGAACUCAUGCGGACGCGUCAGCGUUUGGAACAAACCACCGAAACAAACAGUCGCCUCAAUCGGAAUCUGGAGGAGAUGGUCAAGGAUGUGGAGGAAAAGCAGGUGGUCAUCGAUCUGCAUGAGAAGGACACACAUCGCUUGAACGAACUCCUGGCAGCACUGCGUUCUGAGAAGGAGUCUCUGGAGUCGGUGCUGUUCGAUACCAACACCUCACUGGAGGCCACCGAAGAGCGACGCAGCCAGCUGGAGCGGGAUCUCCAGGAGGCUUUGGUAAGGGAGGAAUCCCUGAAGAAUCACGUGGCUCGCCUGCAGAAGGAUCUGGAGCAAUGCCAGCGCAAGGCGCAGGAGACUAAGACGCAGUUGCUCAAUGCAGCCCGGGCGGCGGAGAGUGACUUCAACCAGAAGAUCGCCAAUCUUCAGGCCUGUGCAGAGGAUGCGGCCAAACGACAUGGAGAGGAGAUUCUGCAGUUGCGAAAUGCCCUGGAAAAGCGGAUGCAACAGGCUUUACAGGCCUUGCAAACGGCCAAGGAUGAUGAGAUCGAGAAGUUGCAGGAGCGACUGGCCACCUUGCAGGCCCAUCUCGAGAGCCUUGUCCAGCAGCACGAGGAGGCACUGAUCCGGGCCGAGAGCGAGAAGCAGCAGGCCUUGUUGAUUGCCCACCGGGACAAGCAGGCGGUGGGCGAACGCCUGGAGGCCGUGUCCCGGGAUCUCAAGACCGAACAGGAGUCCCUCGAUCGCAGCAGGCGUGAGGCUAAUGCGCGGGAUGAGAAGCAGAGGGCUGCGAUCGCUCAGCUCAAGGACGAAAUGGUGCACAUGCGCACUAAGGAGGAGGAGCACAAGAUUAAGCUAGAGGAGUGCAUCCGCAGGCAGGAGCUUCAGUUGAGUAGCAUACGGGAGGAGCGCGAAACUCUCAGCCGUGUGAGUGAGGAGUUAAAGAUGGAGAUCCGGCUGAAGGAGGACAAAAUGGAGGGCACCAACAACGAACUGCAGGAUGCACUGCGCAAGUCCAAGGAAGGCGAGGGCUUCAUUGACAGUUUGCGGAAGGAGUUAACCGACUGUCGUCGGCAGUUGGCCGAUAGCAACAUCGAACGGGACAAGUAUUCCGGCAGCAACAAGGAGUUGCGCGACCAUGUGAAACGCGUGGAAAGCGCAAAGCGGGAACAGGCUCGCGCCAUCGAGGAAGCUCUGCAGAAGAUCAGCAAUCUGGAGGACACCAAGAACUCUUUGGAGAAUGAGCGCACCCGAUUGAGCACCAUUCUCAAAGAGACGGAGAAUCACUUUACGAAGACCACACAGGAUCUGAAUGCCACCAAGGCGCAGCUGCAGAAGGCCCAGGUGGAGUUUGCCCAAAAGGACGAGGGUGGCAAGGAGCUUCAGAGCAAGCUGGUCGCUGAAGUGGAACUGAAGGAACGGGCCCAACAGGAACUGUGCCAGAUCAAGAAGCAGUUGUCCGACUUGGAGGCCAAUCUGUGUGCCACUCGCCAGGAAUUGGGCAGAGCUCGUUGCCAGAACAACCAGGAGGAGCACCGAUUCCAUGCCAGGGAGCAGGAGUUGGCCCAGCGGUUGGAGGAGGGUCGGGGCAGGGAGAAGCGACUGGAGGAUCAGAAGCACAACCUGGAAGUCUGUCUAGCGGAUGCCACCCAGCAGAUUCAGGAGUUGAAGGCCCGUCUGGGCGGAGCCGAAGGUCGCAUUCGAGCCUUGGAUGAGCAGUUAUCCUGCGUGGAGCUGCACAAACGGGACACCGAGCAGAAGCUCUCCUCAGUGGUUCACACACUGCGCAGGAUCGCCGGCAUCCAAGUGGACGGCAGUGUGAAUCUCUCGCAUCGCUUGCUAAGUCCAUCGAGGAGAUUCAGUCCAUCUCGCAGUUGCGGAGAUUAUGAUAACAGAAGCACUUCACAGUGUCCGGAUGGACCCAUCGAUGUGGACCCUGAUCUGGUGAGAAAGGGAGUUCGCAACCUCAUGCACCAGGUGGCCCAGCUGGAGCGCGAGAAGGAUGACUACAAGUCCCAACUGGGAGCAGCCAAGAAACAGCUCCAAGAUGCCGCCGAGCAGCAAUUGAAAUGCGAUGCCAAACUGAGCAAGCUGCAGGCCAUGUUGAGGAACCUCCAGGAGGAGAAGAGCAACCUGGAAACGGAUCGAAAGAUGAAGAUCUCCGCCAUCCAGGCGUUGGAGGAGAAGCUCAAGCACCGCAGCGACGAGUGUCAGUUGCUGCGGGAACGCUUGGCCCAAACUGAGAUGCAACUGGCGGCCACCUCUGAGGAAAAUGGCCAGAACGAGGAACGCCUGGAGAAGAGCCGACAGCAGUGCUCCAAGCUGGACAACGAGAAGCGUCAGUUGCAGGAGGAACUGGCCAAGGUGGAGGGCAGGGCCAGCAAGCUCGAUCUCCAGCGGGUUGCCAUGGAGGGGGAUCUCACCCGGCUGCAGAUGGCUCUGCAGGAGAAGGACUGCAGCAUUCGCCAGAUGGCCGAACGACUGGAGAACCAAAAUCGCGCUCUUACCCAAUUGGAAGAUCGCUGCACCGCCCUCAAGUCCACUGUGGAUCAAUUGAAGGAACGCCUUCAGAAGUCCGCCGUGAGUGAAACCCAGCUGAGGGGUGAGCUAAAAACCUUGCAGAAGGAGCUCUCCGAGCAAGGUCACUGCUCGCAGGCCAACGAGGACAAACUGAAGCUGGUGCAGAAGUCCCUGCAGACGGCCGAGAACGAAAAGCGAAUCCUCACCGAGCGCCUGGACAGCGCCCAGACCAAUCUCAACGAGCUGCGUCGCAGUCAGCAGGCCCAACUGGAUGGCAACCAGCGGCUGCAGGAGCAAGUCACCGAUCUGGAGGUGCAGCGCUCGGCUCUGGAGUCGCAGUUGCGCAUUGCCAAGUGGAACCAGGAGAGCGGCGGCGACAAGGCAAUGACCAAUGGCAAUGGCGGAGGCAAUGGUGAGGAGGAACUAAGCAGACAACUGAAAUCCUCGCAGCGGGAAAAGUCAGAGCUACGCAGCAAACUACAGACACUACAGGACAAAGUCAAGCAGUUGGAGUGCGAGCGGAAGAGCAAGUUCUCCGGCGGAAACGCAUACGAUCGGGCCGAGAAGUCCAAUUCCUAUUAUGGUGGAGCGGCUGAUUCCGGGGAGUUUGAUUCCAAUCGUUACGAUGGGGGCGCAGGCAACGCUGGCCCUGGAGGUGGCGGCUCCUUCAAUUGUGGAUUGGAUCACAGUGUGAUCGAGCAGGAGACGCGUGAUCUGCGACUCAAGGUGCGCCGCCUGGAAACGCUGCUGGCGGAGAAAGAGUCCGAGUUGGCGCGAUGCAAGGCGCGGAUGCACGACAGCGCCAAGUGCCAUGAUGGCAUGGACGGGGAUCGCUAUCGCAGUGCCCAGAUGCACGCCGAGAAGCUACUUGACGCUAGGGAACAGUCCCACCGCCAGCAGGUUUUGCGCCUAGAGAACCAGAUCUCCAUGUUGCGCGAGCAGUUGGCCCAAGAGGCUAAGCGACGGCAACAGUAUAUUUUACGCAGCUCAAAGGCCAAUCGGGAGAUGCAGCACCUGAGGAGCACACUGGGAGACUCCCUACGCAACGUGUCUCAGCACCCGGUGGAUGCCCACCUCCUGGAAAGCGAAAGUAGACGUCUCGAUUCGGCCGUUUCUAUGAGUUUGCCGCCGUCAACCUGUCGGGACUAUGAUCGCGAUUAGUGCGAUGUAAAGAAAUUUGGAUAAACUGUAUCCCGCCAAGAAGACGAAACGCUCACUGCCACUUGCAUUUAUUUAGAAAAGGCUUCCUGGACUGCUCCAGUCGCAACUGAGUUAAUCAUCGCAUGCAUUUCAACUCGUUUGCCUUAGUACAAUUCUAGCUGUUCAUUGUCUGCCCUGAUAGACAAUCGAAUAUAGUGCGUUCCAUCCAGUCGCAUUCGGGCAUCCGGUAGCGAUGAUGCCAUCCUUUCAUCUCCACACAAAUAACUAUGCAUUAAAGGGUCACGAGUUCCGAUUCUCCCUGAGCGAGGGAGAACACCGAACUAUAUAUCACACGACAAUUUACAUCAUUUGCAUUUACAUAUUGGCCAGAACACCGAACUAGUCAGCACGAAAUCAAGCAACUAUAUUUAAUCCUUAGCAUAUCUAUCCUAUAUACAGUGCGGUUCAUCGACUGCAUAUUUUAUAAAGUAUAUAUAUACAAAAGAAACACACUUCUAAUGAACACAACUAUCUGAA